AUGCAUUUGAGCGCUGACGCCCAGCAACAGGUGGCUCCUGCCUACACUGGGGGCGGGGGUCCCCAUCUGUACCCCUCCCCACCGAUCGAUUACUGCGAGUCACCGCUAUCCAUUAACGCGUGCUUCGAUGACCAGGAGCAGCCGUUGACCUACGCCGCCCAACAGGCUUUAUACGAUCAACAACAGUUCCGGCGAGCGUCAGGCGCGCCUUCUGCAAUCCCUUCCCAGACGACAACGGCCAACAUACAUGCAUACGCCCGGCGCGCUCCCUCGCCCGCACCAACGGUCGACCCCAGCUGCUUCCCACCGCAGAUCCGGGUCAUCCUACUGUUCCCCUUACGGCCACUGCGACGGAUUCCGCUAAAGCGUCUGGGCAGGACCACACGGCGGCGUUUCCUUGGACAUCGUCACAGCAGUAGCGACGUCCAGGGGACUGGUCGAGGCCGCAACACCCAAACAGCACGCCAGAUCCCUACGAUCAACGAGGACGAGGAGUACCAGCCUGAUGGGGAUCGAAUGCAACGGCCGGACUUUGAGCUCUCGCGCUCCUCGUCACCAACUGGGACUACUUUUACGAGGGACAGCUACGGACCCGUCGUGGCCAUGCAACACCGGGCGUUACCGCGCCGAAACACGUUCUAG